AUGACUGACUUGAUUGAGAGGGUGUCCGAUGUGAGGAUCAUGGCUGGGGCACGUGAGAAGUGGCAGCAGAAAGAUUCUGGUGAAAGGACUGGGACCCAGCCUCAGUUCAUCAACACCUCCAGAGGUAUAUUCACGCCUAAAAUCACCACCAUUCGUCUGCGAGACAUUUAUGAUCCUAAGCCUCCACCUCUUAAAGUUCCAGUUCGGAUUCGGCCCCCAGGUCCAAGACCUCCUUCUGCAAAGGAGCUCAAUUUAAAACAAAGCAUGCCCAGUGAUCCUCCAACAAAGACCAUCAUGAGGAGAAGAACUCAGUCUCUUCCUCCUCCAACAAUGAGGAAGAAAGAGCUCAGGAGCCUGCAGGUGCGCUUUGUGGACUCACUGGGACUUGAGUUAGAAGAGGUCAAGGUCUUUAAGGCUAAAGAGCACCCAUUAAUACCCCCUCAUGUAAUGUUUAGGCUACUGAUGAGUUCUGAACUUGCUUUUGGGAAGUCAUUGGAGCUGUCCUUGCCUUACUUCAAACCUUGUUUCCCUGAGAAUAUGGGGACUGAUCCUGACUUUCUAAAGAGGCUCAGUACUCAGGGUGUGUGUCUGGAACAGGUCCUGUGUUCAGAGCAGGGGAUCACAGGCACCAUACAGGUACUUAAUUUAGCUUAUGAGAAAAAGGUCACAGUUCACUAUUCUUUCACCAACUGGAGAACACACACAGAAACGACAGCAUCAUGGCUGUCGAGCAGAUAUGGAGGAGACUGCAAUGAUCCACAGACAGAUGUCUUCAGGUUUCGUCUGCCUGUGCCGCCCUUCAUCCUGCAGCCAGGAGCUCUUUUAGAGUUUGCCGUCUGCUACUUGGUGACAGGAUGUGAGUACUGGGACAACAACAAUGGACAAAACUACAAAAUGUCAUGCCACAGCUACAAGGUGACUGUGCCGAGGGAGUGUGAGGACAGCAUGCUGCACUUUACCUGAGAGUCCACCUGGGGGAGCUGGGACACCAGAUUGCAGACUACAAUCAAAGCCGGUACUGCUUCCUGUUUCCAUUUACUUAUAAAUAACAACGAUUAAAUGCAAAUGAUGCACUUAUGUACAUUCUACUUUAGCAGCU